UUUUUAAAAGCGUAGGCAGGCAUCCUGAUAGCGAUUCCUGUACUACCCAAGCCCUCUCAGUCUCAACGGAAGAACCAUGACAAGAUUUCUCGCAAACCUCAAGCCCUCUAAUCCUUCCUCUGUCUUUAACCACUCCCACAAAAUCAUUGCAUUUCCUUAUUCUUCUCAAACCACUCAGCCUUUUCAACCAAAAACCUUCUUCAAAUCAAACACCAAAGAUACCACCCUCGUACCUCACUUGUGCAGUCAAAAGAGGUUCGAUGAAGCCAUUCAUAUUUUAUGCCAACAAAACCGCUUAAAAGAAGCGUUACAUAUUCUCCACCAAAUCGACAAACCCUCUGCUUCUGUUUACUCGACUCUUAUUCAAUCUUGCAUUAAAAGUCGGCUUCUCCAACAAGGCAAAAAAGUUCAUCAACACAUCAAGCUAUCUGGGUUUGUACCCGGUUUGUUCAUUUUAAAUCGGCUUCUAGAAAUGUAUGCAAAAUGUGAUAGUUUGAUGGAUUCCCAGAAGUUGUUUGACGAAAUGCCUGAAAGGGAUUUGUGUUCAUGGAAUAUUUUGAUUUCUGGGUAUGCUAAAAUGGGUUUACUCCAAGAAGCGAAAACUCUGUUUGAUAAAAUGCCUGAGAGAGACAAUUUUUCUUGGACCGCGAUGAUUUCUGGGUACGUCCGUCAUGAUAGGCCUAAUGAGGCUUUAGAGCUGUUUAGAACGAUGAAGAGACGUGAUAAUUCCAAGUCUAAUAAGUUUACAGUUUCCAGUGCUCUUGCUGCUGCGGCAACUGUUCCGUGUUUGAGGACUGGGAAAGAGAUUCAUGGCUAUAUAAUGAGAACAGGGUUGGAUUCUGAUGAGGUAGUUUGGAGCGCCUUGUCUGAUAUGUAUGGUAAAUGUGGGAGCAUAGAGGAAGCAAGGCACAUUUUUGACAAGAUGGUGGAUAGAGAUAUUGUUACUUGGACGGCAAUGAUUGAUAGGUACUUUCAGGAUGGGAGGAGAAAAGAGGGAUUCGAUUUGUUUGCUGACUUACUGAGGUCAGGUAUCAGGCCUAACGAGUUCACUUUUUCUGGGGUUUUAAAUGCUUGUGCUAAUCAGACUUCAGAGGAGCUUGGUAAGAAGGUUCAUGGUUACAUGACUAGAGUUGGGUUUGACCCAUUCUCCUUUGCGGCUAGUGCUCUUGUUCACAUGUAUUCUAAGUGCGGAAAUAUGGUGAGCGCAGAAAGGGUGUUUAAAGAAACGCCCCAGCCAGAUUUGUUUUCAUGGACUUCAUUGAUUGCUGGGUAUGCUCAAAAUGGCCAACCUGAUGAGGCUAUUCGGUAUUUUGAGCUGCUAGUAAAGUCAGGGACACAACCUGAUCACAUAACUUUUGUUGGCGUUCUAUCUGCUUGUGCUCAUGCUGGAUUAGUUGAUAAAGGGCUUGAUUACUUUCACUCAAUAAAAGAGCAAUAUGGGUUAACUCAUACUGCUGAUCAUUAUGCUUGUAUAAUUGAUUUACUGGCCCGAUCCGGCCAAUUUGACGAAGCUGAGAAUAUCAUAAGUAAAAUGUCAAUGAAGCCUGAUAAGUUUCUGUGGGCUUCGUUGCUAGGUGGUUGUAGAAUUCAUGGAAAUCUUAAAUUGGCACAAAGGGCAGCAGAAGCAUUAUUUGAGAUUGAGCCUGAAAAUCCUGCUACUUAUGUUACGCUGGCCAACAUAUAUGCCACGGUUGGUAUGUGGAGUGAAGUAGCGAAGAUCAGAAAGACCAUGGAUGACCGAGGAGUGGUGAAGAAACCAGGUUUAAGUUGGAUUGCGAUUAAGAGGGAUGUACAUGUAUUCUUAGUAGGAGAUGAUUCACACCCGAAAUCCAAAGACAUAAAUGAGUUUUUGGGGAAGCUGUCCAAAAGGAUGAAGGAAGAAGGUUUUGUUCCUGACACAAAUUUUGUGUUGCAUGAUGUGGAGGACGAACAGAAGGAACAAAACCUCUCUUACCAUAGUGAGAAGCUUGCUGUAGCUUUUGGAAUUAUUUCAACUCCAGAAGGAACACCGAUCAAGGUUUUUAAGAAUUUAAGAACGUGUGUAGACUGCCACACUGCAAUUAAAUUUAUCUCAAAGAUCACAAAUAGAAAAAUAAUUGUGAGGGAUUCGAAUCGGUUCCAUUUUUUUGAGGAUGGACACUGCUCAUGUAGAGACUAUUGGUGAUUAAAAAACGAACUACGAGUUGAUCAAGCAAAUUUGCCGGACUUGAAAAAGACCAAGAGGAGCACAUCUUUUAUCUUGCAGGCCAGCUUUUACAUAACCAUCUGGUUAAAUGAAUUCUAAAUUGAAACUUCUUGCCGUUGUGGUUUGAUUUAAUUGGGAACCGUGCAAGAAAUUACCAUACGCCUCAGUACACAGUCACAUCUGUCAAAUUGGAGUUGCAUGAGCAAUAUGUUCUGUGAGAAAAAAUCCAGAUGAAGCUAUUUCAUUUUGGACAUCAAUCAUAUAUAACUGGAACUUAUUUUCUGUUUGGGCUCGAUAUAUUUGAUAUAUGAUGCCAAAGCAUUUAUGUGAGUUGCGCAAAAAAAUAAAAAUGCCUCUCCUUUCUCAA